UCUCAACCCUGCUUGAAAUUACGGCUAAUUAGGGUCUUGACUAUUAAGUUCAUUAAGGAACCUUUACAGGGGCAGUUUCAUGGUGGGAGAGAGGUCUUUCACGCGGACACCCGAAGUUAUCUCGGACUUAAUAAUCACAUUCCGGAAAUGAGCAAAAGAUGACCGGAGGCGGGUCAUGUCCUGCAGCCACUAAAACGAGACCCUGCGGCGUCCACCUUGUAACUAUGAAUAUACAGGUGAGAUAGCAUCGGUAGAAAGCUGACAGGAAAACAGCGAUCGGGUGAUAAAGGUGACAAUAUACACAGUCGCGUUGACGCGUGGAGCUGGAAUCUAUAUUAAAAGCACACCUGACUGGCAGAUCAAACUCCCACCCUGCUGGUGGUGACCACUGCCCAAUGUCCGUCAUACGCGUCCACUUAAAACAGGUACUCAUUCAGGUGUGAUUUGUGCGGGUUUCUGUGUCAUACGUGACUCACUUGUUGAGACACUACAGAGAAUUGAGAGCUCGCAGGAUCAAAUAGCAAGGUAACUAGAAUUUGCUCUGUUUGGAUGCUGUAAUAAACAGCUUGAUUUUAGUGACUCAACGUCAGGGAGUCGACAGCACAGCGAGUUAAUUGAUCUUCUGAUCUCCAACGCACUCGUGCAGUUAACACUAGACUGGAUUAGAGGUGCGUUUCUUUGGGGAUAAAGGCUGUGAAUUUGGAGGAUUCGACAUACAACUUCUAUUGUAUUGAAAAGGCAUAGUAAGUCAUAUUUGAAGGAUCCAGUAAAAACAUCACAGGCAUUCGAUAAAUGCUUAUUUCACAGAAUUAUACGCCUUGACAUAACUGUGACGACAGUUCCACAAUUUAUUAUAUUACGUGAUUUGUGUUGCAAUGAACGAAGUUUCUGUGGAGAUUUAUAAUGGAAGGAGGUUUAAAACAAUUGAAAUUGUGUGGACGUGAUAAAAGAAGAACUGGAGACUAAGCCUCUUUCCUAAUUUGAGAGAAAUGAUAUAUAUCAUCUUAAGUGUUUUUAUUAAUCUGAACAAGCACAGUAUUUCCUUAUAAUAUUAGUCAGUCUUAUCAACACGUGCCGCGUGUCUCUGCCACCAUGUGGACAGGAUCAAAAAAGAUCAAAAUUCUUCAUAAAUUUCACGCCAGCUGUGACAGCGACAUUGCAGAGCCACACAUCACCGACUGUGUGGUCAACCCAGAAAAUGGCGAACUGGCCGUAGUUGACCAACGCAACAAAGUAGUCAAGCUGUACGCCCUAAAAACUGGACAGCACGUUGGGUCCUUCGGCCACGACGCGUAUCCAAGAUUAAAAGCACCAUGGUCCAUAUCAGCCUUUGAGGACGGUCGUUACGCUGUAUCUGACGUGCGUACUUCCAGCGUGAAAAUAUUCUCCCACGAUGGACGUUUUGAGCGUAACAUCAGCCAUGGACGUCUUUCCCAUCCCAGAGGCAUCGCCGUCAGUUUACGUGGGUAUUUCGCCAUCACGGAUUCCCCGCCUCUAGCCGAGAAACAGCGCGUGCAUAUCUUUGACAGAGACGGCGUUCUCCUACAGACAAUUCCAGGCCCAGAAAUACGUAACAGCACGUUCCAGAGGCCCCUUCACGUCGCCAUAGACGAACGUCACAACACCGUCGCCGUUCUGGAUGCGCUGGAAUCGUGUGUAAAAGCGUACGACCUCAACGGGAGACCAAUAUUUCAAUAUGGCAGUUACGGAAGUGAUGAGCAACAAUUAGCCAGCCCCACUGGGAUUUGUUCUGAUAAAAGCGGGAACUUUUUUGUUGCCGAUUUUGCAAAUCAUCGGGUCCAUGUUGUGCGAGCUGGAAUACACAUUGACUAUGCUGCGGGAAAGGCUGACGGGGUGAGAUAUCCCGCGGCGGUGACGACGUCACGUGAUUAUAAUCUCGUGAUUUGUGAUCAAGGGGGCGUGGUUAGGGUGUUUGAAAUGCGACGGUGACGUCGUAGUGCUAUACAGUAGGCCUACAAAAAUAAAUUCCACGGAUUCUGUAUGGAAAUUUACAUUUUGAUCUAGGUUUGUGGAUAAUACUUGUAGAUUUGACAAACCUCUUUCUCUCUCAUGUUGAUAAAUUCUGAGAAUUUGUACCAGUACGCAUUUCAUACCGGACAUAGAAGCAACGCUUAAUUUCCGAUUCCAAUUUCAAUUAACUGUAACUCAUUGACGUUAAAGACCAAAGCAUAUGGAAAUAACGCGUUUAUGGUUAUCAUUUUGAUUUUAUCGUAUUUUUAUCAAACACACCAAUCCAAAGGUAUGUUAAAAUUUUAUCUUAGUAUUCAUGUGUGGUUGGUUAAUGUUUCCUGUGAAGUCUUUGAUAUAUGUCUAUCUUCAUCAGCAUCAUGUACAAAUAUUGUUACCACUGAUCAAUUUUACAUGUCAUUUUUACAUCUUUAUUCAUUUGUGUAAAUAAUUGCAAUUGCAAAACAUUAUAAACAUGACAAUUCUGUAUAAACAUCCAUAUGAAAAUAUACCUGAAUAGGUUUUCUUUGAAUAUUUAUAAAGCUAAAUGCUAAUAUAAAGCUAAAAGUAAAUGUUAAUCACAAACAUCAUCAAAAUGCGACAACAAAAAGGAAGCGCUUGGUUUAGAAGAUAUAACAGUUAGAGGGGAAAUUGCGUUUAUAUCUGUGUUAAAUGUACUUAUUAAAUUAUUGAAUUUCUCAACAUACAUAGGUUUUAGUUGCCUUUAAAAACACUUUUAGACAAAAUAAAAAUGUGAUCCACUGGCAUCUGUUAACAUCGAUGUCCAUUGGUCAAAUGAUUUCCCUUGCUG